GACCGGGCCCGGGAGGGCAGGUAGACCCUGCAGAGUGGAGGCCCCAAGGUGGAGAGCGAUGAUUCCUCCUCAAGAGGCAUCCGCCCGGCGGCGGGAGAUCGAGGACAAACUGAAGCAGGAGGAGGAGACGCUGUCGUUCAUCCGUGACAGCCUGGAGAAGAGCGACCAGCUGACCAAGAACAUGGUGUCCAUCCUGUCCUCCUUCGAGAGCCGCCUCAUGAAGCUAGAAAACUCCAUCAUCCCGGUGCACACGCAGACCGAGAACCUGCAGCGGCUGCAGGAAAACGUGGAGAAGACGCUGGCCUGCCUGGACCACGUCAUCGGCUACUACCAUGUGGCCAGCGACACAGAGAAGACCAUCCGGGAGGGCCCCACGGGCAGGCUGGAGGAGUACCUGGGGAGCAUGGCCAGGAUCCAGAAGGCCGUGGAGUAUUUCCAGGACAACAGUCCAGACAGCCCGGAGCUCAACAAAGUGAAACUGCUGUUUGAGCGGGGCAAGGAGUCGCUCGAGUCAGAGUUCCGAAGCCUGAUGACCCGGCACAGCAAAGUGGUCUCCCCUGUGCUCAUCCUGGACCUGACCGGCGGCGACGACGAGCUGGAGGUGCAGGAGGAUGUGGCCCUGGAGCAGCUGCCCGAGAGCGUGCUGCAAGACGUGGUCCGAAUCGCCCGCUGGCUGGUGGAGUACGGCCGCAACCAAGACUUCAUGAAUGUCUACUACCAGAUCCGCUCCAGCCAGCUGGACCGUUCCAUCAGGGGCCUAAAGGAGCAUUUCCGGAAGAGCAGUUCCUCCUCGGGGGUCCCCUACUCCCCUGCCGUCCCCAACAAGAGGAAAGACACGCCCACCAAGAAGCCAGCCAAGCGGCCAGGGACGAUCCGGAAGGCUCAGCACCUUCUGAAACAGUAUUCCCAGCAUGGUCUAGAUGGGAAAAAGGGGGGCUCUAACCUCAUUCCUCUGGAAGGGCUUCUUCCCUGUACCCUGAGGGGCAGCCCCCCCAGCCCCUGGAUAAACGCUGCUUGUGUUUGUGCGGCCGACGUCUCGCUAGGUCACGAGCAUGAUUUCCGAGUUAAGCACCUGUCCGAGGCCCUGAACGACAAGCACGGGCCGCUGGCCGGGAGAGACGACGUGCUGGACGUGGAGACGGACGCCUACAUUCACUGUGUCAGCGCCUUCGUCAAGCUGGCCCAGAGCGAGUACCAGCUGCUGGCCGACAUCAUCCCAGAGCACCACCAGAAGAAGACCUUCGACUCCCUCAUCCAGGACGCACUGGACGGCUUGAUGCUCGAGGGGGAGAACAUCGUGUCAGCUGCACGCAAGGCCAUCAUCCGGCACGACUUCUCCACGGUGCUCACCGUCUUCCCCAUCCUGCGCCACCUCAAGCAGACCAAGCCCGAGUUCGAUCAGGUGCUCCAGGGCACGGCUGCCAGCACCAAGAACAAGCUGCCCAGCCUCAUCAGCUCCAUGGAGACAGUAGGAGCGAAAGCGCUGGAGGACUUUGCCGACAACAUCAAGAAUGACCCAGACAAGGAAUACAACAUGCCCAAGGAUGGCACAGUGCAUGAGCUCACAAGCAACGCCAUCCUCUUCCUGCAACAGCUUCUGGACUUCCAGGAGACCGCAGGUGCAAUGCUGGCCUCCCAAGAGACCAGCUCCUCUGCCACCAGCUACAGCUCCGAGUUCAGCAAGCGGCUGCUCAGCACCUACAUCUGCAAAGUCCUGGGAAACCUUCAGUUGAACUUGCUGAGCAAGUCCAAGGUGUACGAGGACCCCGCUCUGAGUGCCAUCUUCCUGCACAACAACUACAACUAUAUCCUCAAGGCCCUGGAGAAGUCGGAGCUGAUCCAGCUGGUGGCUGUGACCCAGAAGACCGCCGAGCGUUCCUACCGUGAGCACAUUGAGCAGCAGAUCCAGACCUACCAGCGCAGUUGGCUGAAGGUCAUCGACCACAUUGCGGACAAGAGCCUCCCUGUGCUGCAGCCAGGAGCCAAGCUCCGCGACAAGGAGCGGCAGAUGAUCAAGGAGAGAUUCAAGGGCUUCAACGACGGCCUUGAAGAACUGUGCAAGAUCCAGAAGGCCUGGGCUGUUCCGGACAUGGAGCAGCGGGACAAGAUCCGCCAGGCACAGAAAACCGUUGUCAAGGAGACCUACGCGGCCUUUCUGCACAGGUAUGGCAGCGUGCCCUUCACCAAGAACACGGACAAAUAUAUCAAGUACCGCGUGGAGCAGGUGGGCGACAUGAUCGACCGCCUCUUCGACACCUCGGCCUGAGCCUGCCGCCCCAGACUGGCUGCGUCCUUGGAUAGAUAAACCAGUGUUAACUUGACUCUGGGCCGGGUGAAGCUCAAGUCCUUUGACACAGACCUUUUACCAUGCCCCUGCGGAAGCGCAUCCCUAAGCCCUGUGGCCCUGACUUCUGUGCCAUGCUGGGACAGCAGGGCUACCUCUGACUUUGGGUUUUGUAACCUCCCCCCGACCCCGCACUGUACCCUCAGGGAGCACCCAAUGGCUGUGGAGCAGGAAAGGGGAGAGGAGGACGAAGGAGGUUCUCUGCCCUGCGCAGCCCGGCACACUGCUGGAAGCAUGAGGGAUGCGGCGGGGAUUCUGGCCCACCCUGUGCCAUCCAGCACUGGGGCCUCCUCCCUGGGGCCCAGCAUGGGGGUUGCAAGAAUGGUGGCCAUCAGUGGAAGU